CUUGGCUUUAUGGAUCGAUAGGUCUGAGCCAGAUGACAUUUGGAGAAAAAAAAAAGAAGCUGAGCCGGUUUGUUUACGGUGUUUAUUUUAUUUUAUAUGCAUUCAUAAUUUCCCCCAUUUAUAAACGAACGGAGCUAAUACAUCUGUUAUGAUGGACGAAGACAUCGAAUUUCGAGAUAUGGUAUUGAAGAAACUGGAACAAAAUGGAUCGCUGCUGGAUAUAAAGGCAAAAUUGCGGGCCUAUCUAUACGACGUGAUCGAAAACGAGGGAAAACAUGUGGAGAUUGUGAACGAUAGUGAUUUAACGUAUAAUGGUGAGAGUUCAAUGUUAGCUGAGGACGACCCUGAAGAGGAUAAUCAUACGUUGGCUUUGAGCGUAGUGUUUGAUCUGUUGGACUGUUUGAAAUUAUCGUACACAAAACGGGUGCUGGCGACCGAGUGUGGGAUAAAAAAAAUUAGCCCUCGAGACCAUUUGGAGAAAAAGAUUCUCGGUCGAUCUUCUAGUGGUGGUGAUGAAGAAGGCAGCGGGGAACCAAAAGAGGCGAUCCUGUAUCGGAUGAUUGCUGAUUGUAGGAAAACAUCAACCAGUGAUUUAUCACAAGUAAGCAGGGAAGCUACGGAAAUCGAUGAAAGUUGCACUCCCUGAUCGCCUACGUGAACUAGGAAAACUGAACAUUCCCAUACUGUGUAUUAUUUUAACACUAUUUUGUUUUAUUAUUAUAGCUUAGGUUCUUUUACAUGUUUAGAAUGCAUUGAUUGGGCUUAACGUUGCGUCCGCGUUUAUCGUUCACCCUUUGAAUUGCUCUUUCUGUAUACGAUGUGUGUACGUCCGGGACACUAGAUUCCAGGAGUCCAUGUAUCGGUCCAUACACAUUGCUAUGCAUUUCUGUAACGAGAUUAGUUACAGUAGGAGGAAUCAUUUUUACACUAAAUAUUUUUUAUAAGCUUUAUGAUGAAAUACAUCUUUUUUACAAACAAG